CUUACCUGUUCUGGGCACGGCAUAGACUUGCCCAAAUAGUCCAAUGCUACCCGGUGUUGCUAACACACACACAACUACGCCAUUUUGGAAAUUUUAAUCUCUGUUGAUCUUAGUCGAAAGAUUUGUCACAAGAGUUGCUUCCCUCUAGAACAUGACGUCUUCGUGAAGCCAAGGUGCGUACAACUCAUGUCAGUGUGGCCGGCCAAAAAUGUCACCAAGCACUCAACACUAAACACAGGCGACUAGCAGACGACUUGUGUACAUAAUGGUUGAUCCGGUUGUGUCGUCACGAUUCGGCAAGCGCCCCCUACUGGACGUCCCUCCUAUGUUGGUCAGUGGCCACAGCGGCCUUGAGGUCCCCUCGCUACAAUCGCCGGCCUAUUCAGCCAUCAGCGCCAACCCGUUUCCAAAAGCCGUCAACCCGAUGAUUGGGGCCGGGGUGUACAACCCCCAGCCAGGAUAUAUGACCAGCGGGGGGUUGCCGCCCCCUCCCGUCAUGCACUUUGAUCAAAGAUACAACACCGCCCCCGCUGGGGGGUUCUACAACGCCCCACCCAGACAGUACUUUUACGGCCCGAACGGGGAGGUAGUCAACCCCGCCCCUUUCUACAACCCUCAGGCAAUGUACCCGGGGGUGGCCAACCCUUACCCAGUGAUGCCAGUGCCCCAGCCUGUGCCAGUACCAGUGCCCGUGAGGAUGCCCUACCCCUCAUACGGGCCUUUCACCCCCGGGUUCAGUGUCACGUGUCAGCUUGAGUUCGGACGUAUCGUCAACAUCGACAUCCGGGAAUCUCACGGCGAAUUUAGGGGACUUCCCGAUUUUUUGAGGGACGAGCUUGCACGGACCUACGGGAAAUACCCAUUCACAGAGGUCAAAGUUAAACUGGAGAAUGGGGAAUUCCAUAUUUACGCCACGCACGAACGUCGACGCAAGCAGCGUCGCAGACGCCGUCGAGACUCCCCCGACUCGGAAAGUGAGAAUUACGACGACGACGAUGACGACGAUAAGUACUUCCGCUUUGACACAGCUUACAAAAGUGACGUGGAGUCUUACACAAGUGGCGUAGGUCCAAGAAACCCUGGGACUAAACCUAGAUCAAUUGUGCACGAAAGGGGGUGGAAUAGAUACCGGUGAUUAGACCUAAGCAUACAAAACAAAUUAAUUAGUCUUUUAAAACAAUUAACUAAACAAUACUUUGCCAGUACAUCUGUGUCAUGUGACUCGGUAUUCAUAUGCUCCUGCUGUAAGGUGAUUUGAGUUCAGCACAUAUACAUAAUAUAUGUGUCUUGAAUUAACUACACACAUACAAUGUGUCUUGAGUUAACUACACACACGAUGUGUCUAGAAUUAGCUAUACACAUACAAUGCGUGACUUGAAUUAACUACACACGUAGAAUGUGUCUUGUGUUUACACCUACAAUGUGUCUUGAGUUAACUACACACAUGCAAUGUGUCUUGACUUAACUACACACAUACAAUGUGUUUUGAGUUAGCUGACUCCAGUGUU